CUCUGCCAAGUUUAUUAUAAGCAGCGCGCGAGGCGCAGCGCCCUGUCAAACGGAGCGCGAGCGCAGAGCGAACUGCAGGAGGGAAAGUGAAGAGACGGAGGCAGAGGGAGGAACCCAGGAGAAAGUGAAGCAGGAGGGUGAAACCGUAGAGAGAAAAGGGAAAACGUCUGGAUUAUUUACCGUGAAAAACCAAAAACAGCCGCGUGGGAGUGAGAUAUAAGCCGCACAGCUGUCAGGAGUUUGGGAGAGUCGAACCAACGACGUCCUUGGAGACGCUGGAGAGACAAACCGACAGUGAACAGAAUUCAGUGUAGCUCCUAAAGUAAAAUCCAGCUCCAGACACGCCCGAAGACUCUGACUCUGAGUUCACCUCAGCGUGUUUGCAGACCGGUGUUUGCACCGGCUGACCUCCAUGUACAAGAUGGAUUACUCCUACCUGAACUCCUAUGACUCCUGCAUGGCGGCCAUGGAAGCGUCGGCCUACGCGGACUUCAGCUCCUGCAGCCAGGCCAGCUCCUUUCAGUACAACCCGAUCCGGAGCGGCCCCUUCUCCAACCCGGGCUGCACUCCGCUCAGCACGGCCAGCUGCACCCUGGGCGCCCUGCGGGAGCACCAGCCCACACCUUACUCCUCAGUCCCUUACAAGUUUUUCUCGGACCCUUCCGGCCUGAACGAGAAGAGGAAGCAGCGGCGCAUCAGGACCACCUUCACCAGCUCCCAGCUGAAGGAGCUGGAGCGAGUCUUCGCUGAGACGCACUACCCAGACAUUUACACCCGAGAGGAGCUGGCACUGAAGAUAGACCUGACCGAGGCCCGGGUACAGGUGUGGUUUCAGAACAGGCGUGCCAAGUUCCGUAAGCAGGAGCGUGCAGCCAAUGCCAAAGCCAACAACUCUGGUGGCACCACAGGCAGCACCACCAGCAGCAGCUCUGGUGGGAAGAAGGGCGGAGAGCCGAGAUCUUCCUCAGAUGAUGAUGAGUCUAAAGAGUCCACCUGCAGCCCCACACCUGACAGCACGGCCUCCCUGCCGGGCUCAGCCAACGGGAACUUGGGCAGCCCUGCCAGCCUGAGCCCCAGCCCAGCUCCUGCCAACAGCGUCUACGCUAACACCUCCAGUUCUCCGGUUCUCCAGGGUCUGAAGCCGCCCAGCUGGUCCAGCCUGGGGCCGACCAACCCGGCUGUUGCCCAGCCCGCUGCCCAGACUCAGGAGAUUCUGAAGGCCUGGCAGCCGGCGGACAGUAUGACUGGGCCCUUUGCCGGAGUCCUGUCCUCCUUCCAUAGAAAACCCAACCCCACCAUCAAGACGAACCUGUUCUGAAGCACAGAGGAGGAGAAACUGACAGACAGACAUUAUGUGGUCCACUGGAACCUCCAGGAGUUUCUAGCUUUUGUUAAGAGUGUCAAGACUUGCCCAUAUUAACGCUGAACUCACUGGUGUAGUCUGCUGUAGUGCAGUGAUGCCCUCAGUUCUUCUCUAACAAACUAUCCUAUCAAACUGAUUCAAAACACAUAAUGAAAUCAAAAGUCUGGUCCCUAUCUCACUCCCAAAAGAUUAUGCAACUGUGCCCAUUAUAGCUGAAAAACGUAGCCUGGACAUGGACAGUUUCCUUCCUGCAGUGGCUUUAACUCCACAGUCAUACCCACUGAUCAGUGCUGCUCACACAGCUUGUCCACCAGACGUCACUCUUCGUCAGAUGAAGUGUUGUUUGCUCUAUCUAAUGACUAAACCCUUCACACUGUCAUAUGUGUCCAGCUAAGUUUCAUACAGACUUCUGAGUCAUACACAUCUGAUAUACAUACACCUGUUGUGCAUGAAGCCACAGCAGCAGCUCUGAUGAGCGCUGCAGUCAAGUACGAGCUUAAAGCAGAAUUCUAAACAUCACGCUCAAAUCUCUGCUGGGGAAAACAAACUUGAACCCUCAAGCACAACUUCGUCUAAGCCCCCUGACACACAGAUCCCCACCAGAAGGAACAGGGUGCCCUAAAGCUCUCUUUGCCAAGCAUUGCAGGGCACCCCACAAUCCAAUUAGAGCAGCCGGAUCCAGACCAGACAAUUCUUCCCCUCCUUCGUAUUUACGGUAUUAAGUCCUGACUCCCACAUCCUCAGUGUGCCCCUCCAGGCUUUAUGGUCCUAUCCAUUCACACUCUCUGCCCCAUCAUGCCUUUCUCUAUCAAACAGUGGGUACUUUGUUAAAAUUUAGCAAAGGAGAGAGACAGAAUUCUAAGCGUUUGUGCCUGUUUUUAGCUCACAUCUACUGCAGUUUACUGCCCUGAGAGGUGGAGAGCUGCAAUUAUACACAGAGCAGAGUGUUGGUCUAAUUAUAACUGAGUGUUAUAAUUCAUUAUUAUAAUUUCCAAGUUUUGCCACUGACUGAAGAGAUUUUGGAUGAUUCUCCUGCUGGAUAGAGGGAAAUGGGUGAGUUUGUUCUGCAACCAGUGCUAUGAACUACUGCAGACUGAGAACUCACCACUCACUCCAACUCCUUAAUCAGUUUUUCAGCCCAGGUUCAUUAAAUCUCCCAGGGUAGACAAAUACGAGACGAUCUAUCAGAGACGCACGAUGCAAGCUGGUCAGAUAAAGUGGCAAUAUACUGAGAGAAGGAGUUUUCUACUGUACGUCCAGGAACACCCUCAUUUUGUUCCCGUUGCAUUUUCCUGCAAAGAAGAGAGAUUUUUUUGGGAGCGUUUCCUCCAGAAAUCUACUCAAAAACAGGAAAAAAAUACAUAUUUAUUAAUACUUUUUAUUAUGUCUGUGAGAAACCCACGCAUUUCUUUGUAAAGCUCCAUGAAAAUUUUGUGUGUAAAUUCUGUAAUUAGUAUUAUAAAUAUUAGGUAGCCUUUUGUUUCUGUCUCACAAUGCGUUACAGAUUUAUUUCACUGCAGAGCAUCUGUCUCACAGACCAACAUGUCCACGGAAACUAUGACCACAGACGCUCUAGUGAAUGAGAAGUUAUAGCACUACUCUGAAUAUUCUAAUAAAUCUACAUUAUGGAAACACUACCUGAUGAGUUUUACGAUCUGGUUUCUUGUGUGUGACAAAAUGAGAGUGUUGUGUCUUAUGUACAAAAUCAGACUCAAAGCUGUUUUCAUCAACACUGAGAUGUGAGCUCCUGCAAUCAAUAAAAACGUAAAUGCCUGUCACUAAUUUUCAUUUUACCGUACAGUCUUUCCUUUUCCCCAUACUGAGGCAGAUCCACGGCUCACAGACCAAAACUGUUUCAUCCUUGCAGCUUUUCGU